UGCCCGCUCCGCGUCUCUAUGGCGGCCCCAACGGCCGUCCGGGGCGCAGAGCGCGAUGAACGAGGGCGCGGACGACGGCGGCGGCGCCGGAGGCGCGGCGCGGUCCCCAGGGUGCGGCCCCGAAGGGGAUGGGUUUGUCCCGUCUGCGCUGGGAACCCGAGAGCAGUGAGUGUGGCGCGGGGCAGGAGAGGUUGGGAUGCUGUCUAUAAGAGAGAACUGCAAACUUUCCAAGAAUACGGAGAUACAGGAGAAAUCUGGUUUGGAGAAGAGAGUAUGACUCGACUAAUAAGGUGGAUGCAGAAACACAAGAUUCCAUUGGAUGCUUCAGUGCUUGAUAUUGGAACCGGAAAUGGUGUUUUCUUGGUUGAACUUGUUGCUCAAAACUCUGGAAAUCUGUAUGUAUUGCAAUAUAAAAGGAAGAUGAUUUUUUGCACUUCCAGUAGAACAUAUCCCUCUUCUCAGGCAAAAUUUGGUUUCUCUGAUGUUACUGGAAUUGAUUAUUCUCCGUCUGCAAUACAGCUUUCUCAAAAUAUUAUAGAAAAAGAAGGUUUAUCUAACAUUAAGUUGAAGGUAGAAGACUUUUUGAACCCUUCCACAAAGUUGUCUGGAUUUCAUAUUUGUAUUGACAAAGGGACUUUUGAUGCCAUAAGCCUUAAUCCUGACAAUGCAAUUGAGAAGCGGAAACAGUAUGUGGAAUCUCUCUCCAGAGUGUUGAAAGUGAAAGGCUUUUUUCUAAUAACCUCAUGUAAUUGGACCAAGGAAGAGUUGCUGGAUGAAUUCAGUGAAGGAUUUGAACUUUUCGAAGAGCUGCCCACACCCAAGUUCAGCUUUGGAGGCCGAUCUGGAAACAGUGUAGCCGCGUUGGUUUUCCAAAAAACAUGAGGCUUUUCACUGGACAGACUCAGUGUCUUUUUAAGAAGCUCUACAUCAAAGUAAACCUGACACAGAAAUUGCAAGUGCAAGUAAAUGUUUAGUAAGUACACAGGAUGCACAUUUUAAGGAGAAAUAAUGGGUUGAUUAAAAAAAAAAAUCAUGAGCAUGUAAGUGGUUGGGUUUUAGAGAUCAACCAAGACUAAUUUAAAAUUUUUCUUUUGUAUUUGAGACAUAAAUAUUUCUCUUUCAGAUUAAAAAAAUAAUUCCUGUAACUGCUGAACAGCUAAAACUUUAAAGCAGUAAAUGAAUUUACGGAAAGCUUGUAUCCUUGAUUUUUGCACCUCGGUAAAGGUGAAUUGAAUAUAGUUAUUUAUGAAGAUUUGAUCAAGCUAUUCCAGGGUCAGAAUAAUAAGCCAAAUGACUUUCUUACUUUUUUAUUGGACUAUUAUAAAACAUAGUGUGAUAUUUUGGGUUGAAUGGUGAUUUUUUUUUAAAUGCUUUAAUAUCUGAGAAAAUGUCUCAGCCCUUACGUGUGUAAUUAAAAUCAGAUAAAUGUAUCAGUUGAUCAAGAAAUACUUACUGAACUUU